AAGAGGCAGGAUGUUGAAGUUUCUAUCGAUUAUCGAAGGUGAGGAUCGAAUUCAAUGCGCUGGACCCACGAACUGCAGCGUGCAUGGAGUUCCUGGCUCAAUGCAAUGUUCGGAAGGCCAAGGAGUCGAACCGGCCGGCCUGUCAGUUGGUAGUAAAGCGACGGACCGACGACCAUCCACCGCAGAUAACUGUAAAAUUCGUGAAUGGUACUGGAGAGGUUUUCAAUGCCACGUCCACCUCGGGCCAGAGCAUAAGGACGAUGCAUGAUACUGGAGAAGGGGCAACUCCUCGAGACCGAACAAAUGUUUUGCGAGGCUGGUGCGGCCUGGCCUGUCUUCGUCCCCGAAGAGGAGCUCCACUAGCGUGUCCCUGGCACCAAGCCAAGGAAAGCAGAAGAGAAAAUCCAGUGACUUUGCCUUGAAAAAUAGUUAUCUGUUGGUUAUUCAUCUUCAACACUCAUUGGAUCAAUGCUUUGUGCUAGAGUUUUCUGUUCUGGCGAAAGAAAUAACAUACGGUCAAUAUGUUUAUGAGCUUGACUUCUAUGUUUUUGAUAUUACAAACAAAUUUUCAUUCACAAUGAGAGCAAAUUGUACCA